CCCGCCCCCGCCCGCAAUGCCCGGAUGUAGGUGACGUGCGGCCGCCAUCUUCCCGUCCCGGGCAGCCAGCGCCAGUCGGAGCCAGCGCAAGCCGUCGCUGCCGCUGCCGCUGCCGCUAUCACUGCCGCUGCCAAGUCCUCCGCCCGCUACCCCCGCCAUGUCUGCUACUGCAGCAACUGCCCCCCCUGCCGCCCCGGCUGGGGAGGGAGGCCCCCCUGCGCCUCCUCCAAACCUCACCAGUAACAGGAGACUGCAGCAGACCCAGGCCCAGGUGGAUGAGGUGGUGGACAUCAUGAGGGUGAAUGUGGACAAGGUCCUGGAGCGGGACCAGAAGCUAUCGGAGCUGGAUGACCGCGCGGAUGCACUACAGGCAGGGGCCUCCCAGUUUGAAACAAGUGCAGCCAAGCUCAAGCGCAAAUACUGGUGGAAAAACCUCAAGAUGAUGAUCAUCUUGGGAGUGAUAUGCGCUAUCAUCCUCAUCAUCAUCAUCGGAGAGUUGGGGGUUGGCCACAAUCUGAUCUCUUGGGAGAAGUGGCUACCAGUGUGUGGAGUCAUCACUGCCUUGGAGAGGAGUGGGGCAGGGCAGAGAAUCCCCAGUUCUUGCCUAAAAUCUCUGGUCCCACCCCUCCUGGGGGUUGGACUGAAAACCUUCCUCCCCAAUUUGGGGGGUGUUGCCCCCAUUACUGCCCAGCCCUCUGACUGCCCCCCUCUGAGUUCAGGGGGGGUACUAGUCACUGCCAAUGUGUGUAUGGGGCUGGCUGGAAGAUAGGGAUUCUCACCCAUCUCCAGGAUCGUCAAGCCCAGAGAGAGCUGUCUCUUCCUUAGGUCAAGUUGAGAGAGGAAAGGUCUAAGGUCUUUUUAAAUGGCACAAUUUUAGGGGUCUGAGGGUGCAGUUCCUUAACCUGCUACUGGAGGGGACCCCCCCAACCUCCCCCACACUCAAGGUUUCAGUGUGAAGGGGGAGCAGGGAGAUCUAAGCUGUGGUGUGAAAGGGUAGGAAGAGAUGCUGGGGGUGGGGGUGCUGUGUUCUAGACACCCCAUAUUAUCCCAGUGUCCCCUGACCCCCUUCCCUCACCCCAUGCCCCCAAUUCUGUGACGCAUCCAGAUUGUGAAAAUGUACAAUAAAUGUGUAAUGAGUAACCAG